AUGAUUGCAGUCCACGCAGGGGCUGGGUACCACUCCCCGGCGCUCGAGGCCGCUUACAAGCGAGACCUGGCGGCGGCCUGCAGGGCGGGAGCGGCGGUGCUGGCGGGCGGCGACGCGCUGGCCGCUGUGUCAGCGGCCAUUAAAGUGCUCGAGGACAGCAGCCACUGCAAUGCUGGCCGUGGCUCCAACCUGUCGUUUGGGGGCCAUGUGGAGUGCGAUGCGAGCGUGAUGACGGGGGAUGGCACCUUUGGCGCCGUGGCGGCCGCCCCAGGCAUCCGGCACCCGAUCGCCGCCGCCGAGCUGCUGGCACGGGAGAGCCGCCAGCCGCUGUCCAACGGCCGGGUGCGACCCAUGAUGCUGGCCGGAGACCGGGCCCGGCAGUGGGCGUUGUCGCGAGGCCUGCCUGCAGCGGGCUCGCCCUCUGAGGCCGCCGCCAUGCACGUCACAGGCAAGGCGCAGCGGCAGUGGGGCAAGUACCGGCGCAUCGUGGAUGGCGGCGGCGGCGGCGCGGAGGACAGCUCCGGAACCGAGGAUGGCAUGCCUGGGGAUGCUGCUGAGGAGGAGGAGCAGCAGGAGCAUCAGGGGCAGCAGGGGCAGCAGGAGCAGCAGGGGCAGGAGCAGGGGGAGGCAGCGGUUCCGCAUCGCCCGCCCAAACGCAGCAAGCGGGCCAGCGGCGGCGGAACCGAUGCCAGGCAACAAGCAGACCAGCAGGCGCGGCAGGAGCUGGAGCAGGGGCAGGACGAGGAGGCUGGCUGGCUGUAUGACACGGUGGGCUGCGUGGCGCUGGCGCCGGGCGGCGGCAUCGCAGCCGGCGUCAGCAGCGGCGGCAUCGUGCUGAAGACCGAGGGGCGGGUGGGGGAGGCGGCCCUCUACGGCGCGGGCUGCUGGGCGCAGCAGCCGCAGCCGCCGCAGCAGCAGCAGCUCACGGGAGAGCAGGACCAGCAGGCGGCGCCGGCAGGGCCUAUGCAGCAGCAGCAGCAGCAGCAGCCGGCGAGCUGGCAGCGCGCGGGGCCCUUGCUGGCGUGUAGCGUGACGGGGGUGGGUGAGCACAUCAUGCGCCACCUGCUGGCCCGAGAGUGCUGCCUGGCGGCGGCCGCCCCUGCAGCCGCGCCAGCUGGCGCCUUACCGCCGCGCCGGGCAGCAGCACAGGAGGCAGGAGGGCAGGCAGGGGCAGGGGCCAACGCAGUGGGCACCUCAGAGAAAGAGGCAGGGGUGGAGGAGGAAGCAGGAGUGGAGGAGGAGGCAGGGGCUGACGAGGCGGAGGUGGAGGUGGAGGUGCCGCUGGCGGGAGUGGCGGCGCAGCUGCUGCAGGGAACCAUCCUCCUGGGGCCGCCGCCGCACGACUGCGGCCUGCUCUGCCUGCGGGCGCUGCCGCUGCCGCCGGAUGCCGCCGGCGACGCCGCGGCAGGCGGGCACGAGGCGCAGGCGGCGGCCGAGCGGCAGGCGGCGCCGUGGCACGCCGCAGCCGGCGCCGCGGGCAGCGCCCUGCAGCCCCUUGGGGCUGGCAGCUGCAGCGCGCAGCAGCCAGGGGUCCGGCCAGGGGAGCGGCGGCGUGGCGGGGCGGAGCAGUACGUCGACCGUCCCACCUGUGUGGAGGAGGCGCCGCUGAAAAGACAGCCGGCAGAGGAGCGGCAGCGGCAGCGAUAUGCUGUUGAGGUGGCGGUGGCGCACAGCGCACAGAGCAUGGCCUUUGCCCACAUGGUCUGCCCCGGCGCCAGCGGCAGCGUGGCUGGCGGCGGCAGCAGCGGCGCGCCGACUGGCGGCGGCGGCGGCAAGGCGCCUGCGCCGGCGGUGUUUGUGCUGCGGCGCGUGGCGGGGUGCAGCGGGCUGGUGCCGCCUGUGCAGACGUACGUGCACGGCGUGACGGUGCGGGUGUGA